GCUGCUCGUCCUCUGGUUUUCUUUUCUUUGGACUACUCUUUCUUGCUUAAGACUCAUAUCAUGUCUUCAGAACGAGAAAGCUAUCUUGUCAUCGGCGGCAGUGGGUUCUUGGGAAGACAUAUAGUCGAAUACAUCCUGGAACAGGGUGAUCCCGUCGCUGUUUUCGAUAUCGUCCAAAAACAUCACGAUGUGCCAUUUUAUUCUGGGGACAUUACGGAUGAGGCACAGGUCUCAGAGGCUAUUCAGAAGAGUGGUGCCACCUGCAUAAUCCACACUGCGUCCCCGAACGCGAUUUACGACGGCGCAGCUCUCUUCUGGAAGGUCAACGUGGAUGGGUCAAAAUCUGUCAUCGCUGCCUGUGUCGCGAACGGUAUCAAGAAGCUCAUAUACACCAGCUCAGCUGGUGUCGUUUUCAAUGGUGGGGAUCUCAUCGACGUUGAUGAACGGUUACUCCCACCCGAGGAUGCCUUGGACGCCUACAACGCCUCGAAAGCAAAGGCAGAGGAGAUCAUUCUUGCUGCUAACGGCAAGGGUGGGUUGCACACCGUUGCGCUUCGUCCUGCUGGUAUCUUCGGACCCGGAGACGUCACGGCGAUACCUCAAUUUGCCCAGAUCCUCAAGGACGGCAAGGCAUACUUCCAAGUCGGCGACAACAGCAACCUCUUUGAUUGGACUUACGUCCGCAACGUCGCCUACGCCCACGUCCUUGCCGCCCAAAAACUUAUUCCUCAUCCCGAACUAAACGGCGAGACCAAUGAAGAAAAAAUGGACGCCAUCCUCAACACCCCCCUUCCCCCCAUCGACUCCACCACAGGCAGACAUCGCAUCCCAACGUCCGACGCUCGCCCUCUCGGCCCCUACGUCGACCCACCACCAAACGCCGAUGCCCUCCUCGCCGCCUUCAACGAUCCCAAUCACGUCGAAUACCGACCCAUCGUCCGCUCGAAAUUCGACCCCCUCUCGAAACCCUCCCUCGAGCGCGCCGAGGGCUCUCCCGUCCAAGUCGCCGGGCAAGCCUUCUUCAUCACCAACGGCGAACCACUACCGUUCUGGAAUUUCCCGAGGGCAUUGUGGAGGCAGAUGGCUCCAGGAGAAUAUCCUAAGAGGAGCAAUAUCGUGCUGCCGAGAUUACUGGGGCUAUUUUUGGCGGUGUUGGCGGAGUGGUGGGCGUGGAUUACGGGACAGAAGCCCACGUUCACGAGGUAUAGGGUUACGUAUACGUGCGCGAUGAGGUAUUAUAAUAUUGAGAAGGCAAGGAGACUCUUGGGAUAUGAGCCGCAGGUCGGUUUGGAGGAGGGAAUUAGGAGAACUGUCGAGUGGUGGAAGACCGUGGAGGCCAAGAAGCCAUCAUAAUUUCGGGUCAGGCGCGACGAAUUACGGUCCUACGACUUUUUCUCCGCGACGCUUCAGUCAUGACAUCUGCCCUUCCAAAGACUACAUUAUUUUUCCCUUCCGGACCUGCAUCCCUUCUUUACCUUUCAUUUGACAAUUGCAGGAGGAUUGGACCGGACCUCUUAUACCCUUCCAUCACACUUACUCCGGUGCAUACUAGUGUAUACAGUACUUACGUAUCUAAUGCUCACUGA